GCUAUUCUGGGCAGGAAAACCCAAACCCCAAAGCAAACAAACAAACUGAAACUGCUCAACUCUCCAAGAUUAUGCAGAGGAUAAAAUCCAACUUCUGGGGCAGUCUGCAGGCACACACAGAGACACAGGCAGGCAGUGAGUGCCUGUGUGACAGGGAGCCGGAACGAGAGAGGAAGCCUUGAAACUUAAACUCCUCCUGCAGCUCUGCAUCUGCUCUGAGUCACUGGUAUGACUCACACUGACAGUGUUCACGUUAGCUAGCGUUCAGAUGGAGCAGCUCUGGCAACAGAAGAAGCAGGUUAUAUUAUUGAUUACCUGCUGCAGCAGACAGUUGCACCAAGAUUCAUUUUUACGAGCACAGAUGAAACAGAGGAGGCUCUACUGAGCACCGCUAUUAUUAGUGGUAUUGCUUUCUUAAGACUUCAUUAGAAAAAGAACUGGAUACACAUGCUGAAUUUCAUUUGUGAAAGGUGGAGUAAGAGCCUGGGCACCUGACUCUGGCAUCAGUGCUGAGUGCCUGAAACUGGAUGGUGCUACAGCCUCAGCUUAGGAAGUAAUGCAACAACUUUUCCUAUGAAGAGGGAGUUCAGCAAUGGAAGAUUUUGAAGGAGAAAGGCCUAUAUGAGGAUGUGGAUUUAACUGAUACUAUGAUAUACAAAAUCCCUCCCCACAUAAGGAAAAGAGCCCUCUGUACGUAUGAUCCUUCAUGGUAAUGUUGGAGGAAUAGCAGCUGGAGACAACCUGCUGCACUCUGCUACUCUGUGAAACAAACAUCAGUAAAGCCAAGCAGCCAGAAAAGACGGGCUCUUCAUGAGAAAAUGACAGCAAGAGAACACAGCCCCCGCCAUGGUGCCAAAUCCCGCACUGUGCAGAGGGCCUCCACCAUUGAUGUCACCUCUGACAUGGUUGGCCUUUCUCUAACAGGAAAUAUUCAGGAUCCAGAUGAGCCGAUUUUAGAGUUCAGUUUAGCUUGCAGUGAGCUGCUAACUCCAUCGCUAGAUCGAAAACCAAAUAGUUUUGUAGCAGUGAGUGUAACUACGCCUCCCCAGGCAUUCUGGACGAAGCAUGCACAGACAGAAAUUAUUGAGGGAACAAGUAAUCCUAUCUUUCUAAGCAGCAUUGCCUUUUUCCAAGACUCUCUUAUCAAUCAGAUGACACAAAUCAAACUCUCUGUGUAUGACGUCAAAGAUAGAUCUCAGGGAACAAUGUAUUUGUUGGGUUCUGGGACAUUCACUGUAAAGGAUCUUCUUCAGGAGAAGUACCACAGGUUGCACAUAACACUAAGGUCGGCUGAAAGUGACCGUGUUGGUAACAUCACAGUUAUUGGAUGGCAGAUGGAGGAAAAGUCUGACCAAAGGCCUCCAGUGACAAGGUCACCUGAUACAAUUAAUGGAAGGACUGUGUUGCCAGUUGAUGAAAGUUUAACGGAAUCCUUAGGAAUCAGAUCCAAAUAUGCUUCUUUGCGGAAGGAUGCACUACUGAAAUCUGUGUUUGGUGGUGCCAUUUGCCGAAUGUAUCGUUUCCCAACCACCGAUGGAAACCACUUGAGAAUUUUGGAGCAGAUGGCAGAGAGCAUCCUGUCACUGCACAUCCCUAGACAAUUUGUGAAGCUGCUUCUAGAGGAAGAUGCAGCAAGGGUUUGUGAACUAGAAGAAUUGGGAGAACUGUCUCCUUGUUGGGAAAGCCUUCGUCGACAAAUAGUUACACAGUACCAAACAAUUAUUUUAACUUACCAGGAAAAUCUGACUGACCUGCACCAGUAUAAAGGUCCUUCAUUUAAAGCCAGUAGCUUGAAAGCUGAUAAAAAACUUGAGUUUGUUCCUACAAAUUUACAUAUACAGAGGAUGAGAGUCCAGGAUGAUGGAGGAUCAGAUCAGAACUACGACAUAGUCACCAUAGGAGCACCAGCAGCUCAUUGUCAAGGCUUUAAAUCAGGUGGCUUGCGGAAAAAGCUGCAUAAAUUCGAAGAGGCAAAGAAACACAGUUAUGAGGAGUGUUGCACUUCAACAGGUUCCCAGUCUAUAAUAUACAUCCCACAGGACAUCGUUAGAGCAAAGGAAAUUAUUGCACAAAUCAACACCCUGAAAACACAAGUCAGUUACUAUGCAGAAAGGCUCUCAAGAGCUGCCAAGGAUAGAUCAGCUAAUGGCCUUGAAAGAACACUUGCCAUCCUAGCAGAUAAGACCCGGCAACUUGUCACAGUUUGUGACUGCAAGCUGUUGGCAAAUUCAAUACAUGGACUGAAUGCUGCAAGGCCAGACUAUAUAGCUUCAAAAGCAUCUCCAACCUCUGGAGAAGGGGAACAAGUGAUGCUAAGGAAUGAUCAAGAUACACUUGUGGCCAGAUGGACAGGAAGAAAUAGCCGAUCUUCUCUGCAGGUGGACUGGCACGAAGAGGAAUGGGAGAAAGUUUGGUUGAACGUUGACAAAAGUCUGGAGUGUAUCAUACAGCGAGUGGACAAACUUCUCCAGAAGGAGCGCCUGCAAAGUGACAGCUGUGAAGAUGUUUUCCAGUGUGACGUCAGCAGUACUAGUAAGAAAGGUAAUCGGGACAGUCGUGCCUACUGGAUAAAUCCAGAAGAUUUAAAUGAGACCUCAUCAUCCUCACCAUCUUCAUCAUCCUCACCACCAUCUUCAUCCACACCAUCCUGUGCAUGCCAUUCUCUCAAGACAAAUUGCAGCCCUCCUCCGGAAGAAUCUGCCCCAGGUGAAUGGAGUGAAGCUCUUUAUCCCUUGCUGACCACCCUCACUGACUGUGUAGCCAUGAUGAGUGACAAGGCCAAGAAAGCCAUGGUGUUUUUAUUAAUGCAGGACAGUGCCCCAACUAUAGGGCUCUGCCUGAGUCUUCAGUAUCGCAGGGAUGUUGUCUUCUGCCAGACUCUGACAGCUCUCAUUUGUGGUUUCAUUAUCAAGCUGAGGAACUGCCUGCAUGAUGAUGGAUUUCUAAGGCAACUCUACACCAUUGGCUUGCUGGCACAGUUUGAGAGCCUGCUGAGCACUUACGGUGAGGAGCUGGCAAUGCUGGAGGACAUGAGUUUGGGAAUCAUGGACUUGAGGAAUGUAACCUUUAAAGUAACUCAGGCUACAUCAAAUACAUCUACUGACAUGCUGCCAGUCAUCACUGGAAAUCGUGAUGGAUUUAACGUGAGGAUCCCUCUGCCAAGCGCCUUGUUUGAUUUGUUGCCGCGGGAGAUUCAAAGUGGAAUGUUACUGAGGGUUCAGCCUGUUCUUUUCAACGUGGGAAUCAAUGAGCAGCAAACCCUAGCAGAGAAGUUUGGAGACACCUCACUGCAAGAAAUAAUUAACAUGGAAAGCUUAGUGAGAUUGAAUUCAUAUUUUGAGCAGUUCAAGGAAGUUUUGCCUGAUGAUUGUCUACCUCGAUCUCGUAGUCAGACGUGCCUGCCUGAACUGUUAAGAUUUCUGGGACAAAAUGUUCAUGCAAGGAAAAACAAGAAUGUUGAUAUCCUUUGGCAAGCUGCUGAGAUAUGCCGCAGACUUAACGGUGUUCGAUUUACGAGCUGUAAGAGUGCCAAGGAUAGGACUGCCAUGUCCAUCACCCUGGAGCAGUGUUUGAUCCUACAGCAUGAACAUGGAAUGGCUCCACAGGUCUUCACUCAGGCUCUGGAGUGUAUGAGGAGUGAGGGUUGUCGCCGAGAAAAUACAAUGAAGAAUGUUGGAUGUCGCAAGUAUGCAUUUAAUUCCCUGCAACUGAAGGCUUUCCCAAAGUAUUACAGGCCUCCAGAAGGAACUUAUGGAAAAGUUGAAACAUAAGCAUACUAUGUCCUUUAAUUGCUGUUCCAUUAGAACAUGUGGAUACACUCUAGAUUAACACAUGAUUUUUGUCAUCCAGAAGAGAUAAAUAACCUUUUUGUAUGUUUCGUUAGGUCGUACAGAGCAUGUUACUGAGUUGGAAUCUAUAGUAACAAUUAUUCUGACACCUUAGCUUGAGAAUAGUGUGAUGACUCUCUGCCCGUUUCAAUAGCCUUCAGUGUAUGUAAGAUGAGCAGAUACUGUGCUACUUAAUAAUUACCUAUAUGCAAAUAGCUAGGUACCUCCUGGAUGGGCAAGGACCCUAGGAACGGCAUUUAGGUAGCUGUUUCCAUAACAUCUUUUUAUACUGAGUUGAUUUCAGAUGGAGCUUUUCCUAAACUUUUUAAAACUGAGAGUAAAACUCAGAAGUUGUAAAUAAAAAGGAUCCUAGACAGUUUAGUAACUGUAGAACACGUUAUUACAAUCAAUAAAAGGGGGUUUGAUUAAAAAAAAAAUCAGCACAAUAAGAGCCAGGAGAAAGAAUUGUUUUACUGUAUAUAGGAUGCCACCUUCAUGUAUGAAAUUAACAAUAUUUAAAAGGCCAGACAUGUGAGGUCUGGUUUAGAAUUAUGUUCAAAUAAAACAAAUUCCUGUCAUCUUUGGCAGAUAAGGCCUUGGGCACACAACUGAUUUUUAAAAGUAUUUCACAAACAUCAUGAUGCUUAACUAUUAAUGCCAGCAACAGUUCCCCAUGCCCUUUCCCACUCUAAGGCAAGUGCAACAAGCAAGUUGCUGAUGUUGCACAUGACGUGUUCAGUAUAUUCCAUGGUGUUGUACAUUAAUUAACACAUUUUUACCCAUGGUUUUUUUAUAUCACUUCUGGAUUGUAAGCCUCAGUACCUCGGGGCGUUACGUUAUUUUGGUCAGCGUACGAUUUUUCUGUAUCGGUUUCGUAUGUCAAUACCAAAAUGCUCAAAGUGCCCGAUGCCUCCCCCUUGCUCCAAAAUCAAAUUUGGUUUCUGUUUACCUUUGCAUUUCACCUGUUGAGAGUCCUGGUGGGGGGAAGUGUGGCCGGUGUCAGGGUAUUUCUGAGGAAGGUAGCAAUGCCCUGUGUUGAUAGAGAGGAACUGCUCAGUGCUACUGCUUGUGCCUGAGAACCACAGGUGGGUUCUAGCUUAUGACAAAGGUGGUCAGUUGGAUAGCAUUUGAUAAAAAAUGUUCAACAGAUGUCCUCUGAAAUAAUCUCCCAAAGAAUGCCUUUGAAGCUAAGAUAGCAUUUUUAAAAGCAGCUAAAUAUUCAUUUCCAAAUUUUAACAGAUUCCAGUAAUCUCUAGCUAGUUUCAUUCAGCACAUGUCCUUUCCUUCUUGGUUUCUAAGGAUCUGAGUUUUAGAAUAGAAAAAAUCUGCCCAUUUAUUCUUGUGGGAGUAGCAACAGCCAGGUAAGUAUAUGGCUGUUUUCUGAUUUCUUUCUCCCUCUCACUGAUGUUUGUCUGUGCUGUCACUGCUCUAUCAAUCAGCCAUGUUCAUUCUGCUCCCAUGUAGGUUUGGGGGUUACAGGUCCAGCAGUUUUUGCAUUUUGCUUUUUGCAGUUUAACACUGAGCAGCAUGGCACAAAGCCAGGUCAGAGAGUUCUGCUGAACUAGGCUGUUACCAUUAUUGCAGACUCUUUAGGAUAACAAAACAUGGAAUUCUGUGCGAAAGCAAUGUAUUGUAGUACCUACCCCAGGGCUGAACAAACCAUCUGCAGUAGAGCAGUCUCUCGGAAAGGUUACAAACCUUGUUUGCCAAUUAAUAAAUGUUGAUUUUGGGGUUUUUUUGCUAAUAAGUUAAAAAAUAUAUGAUAAAAAAUUUUUCAGUGGGAUCUCUUUAGAUAUGCUACUCCAUUAGUUCUGCUCAGCCUUCAGUCCCUGGCCCAUUAUUAAAUGCUACUUUAUUUUUGUAUAAACUAUGCUCUUUAUAUCCCUGAGUUUUUAUGAGUUGAUAAUUUUCUUUUGUCUAUUUCAAAUGUGGUUCAUUUUAAGUCCUGUAUUGUUACACUAAAAAUAUCCCAAUGUUCAGCUUCAGAAGGAAAGAACAAACGUCUCUUGUAACAAUUAGCAGCGCCACUCUCUUAGAUGGUGGCCAACAAUCAUUAGACCUGCUGUAGAGCAUAGCAAUCCUUUAUUUAUUUUGUAUAGCAAUGUAAUCUGAAAAAAUUGCUGAAUUUUGUCUGCACGUGGUGGAGCUGCAGCCCCGGGUGCCACGGGGCUGUUCUGGGGUGCUGAGCCGCCAGCGCGGUGUCCCCGCGGCGCGUCCUGGACACGGCACUGCCAGGAUAGGCAUGGCACUGCCAGGAUGGGCACGGCACUGCUGGGAUGGACACGGCACUGCCAGGAUGGGCACGGCACUGCCAGGAUAGGCAUGGCAUUGCCAGGAUGGACACGGCACUGCCAGGAUGGGCACAGCACCACCGGGAUGGGCACGGCUUGGGCUCCUCCCGAGGGCAGCGCCGACAGCGAGGGCUCGAGCGAUGCCUCCAGAGAAAACUGUGACACGUGUAGCCCACAUGGGACCCUCACAAGGGGGAAGGGAGCUUUUCUGUUGCACAGGAGAGGCAAAUCUAAGGAUUACUGUAAAAUGAAGUUCUGUCUAAUGUUCCUUUUUUUGAGUACAUUUUUUAAAUUAUAAAACAUACAAAGGUAAAAGAAGAAAACUGUUGCCAAGUAUGUUCUGUGUAUGUUCUGUGAAAGUACCUACAGCACAGUUGCCUUUUUUUCAUUUAUACGUGUAAAAUUAUUGUAUUAUAUGACACAGUUUUGUCCCAACACGACUGUAUUUGCUAUGCUUUGUGCAUUGAAAUAUUUUUAUUUAUUUGGUUUUGGGCAGUAUUAAUAUAUCAUAAACAUAUGGCUACUGUUUUAUAUAUUCUAGUUCAUCCAAUCCAUGUAUGCUGUAAAUGUGCUAGUCUUUAGGAUGAAAACCAAUAAAGAACUGACAAGAGUAACA